UUCACGUGAUUUGGUUUUCUAGGGUUCUUUGUACUCUUCCACCACUCUCACUAUCUCUAUAUAACACCUCACUCACCUCUCCCAUUCCUCUGUACCAAUCCCCCAAGCAGACAUGGAGCCCUCCAAGAUUGCAGCCCUUCUCCUCAUUUCCAUCCUCUCCGUCGCCUCCGCCGCCACUCCAACCACCGUCGAACCUCAAUGUGGCUACUGCUCCAAACCCCACCCCAAGAAGAAGCCCAAGUCCCCCAUCACCCUCCCCCCCAUCGUCCGCCCACCCAUCACCCUCCCUCCCGUCGUUCCCGUCCCCAAACUGCCCCUCCCACCCGUAACAGUGCCCAAAGUGCCCAUCCCCCCAGUAACAGUGCCUAAAGUGCCCAUCCCGCCGGUAACAGUGCCUAAAGUGCCUUUGCCGCCUGUGACAGUGCCUCCGGUGGUCAACCCGCCAACCGGAAAGCCAUGCACGCCUCCGCCGGGUAAGGCGACGUGCCCCAUCGACACGUUGAAGCUGGGUGCAUGUGUGGAUCUGCUUGGUGGGCUGGUGCACAUUGGGCUGGGGGACCCGGCUGUGAAUGAGUGCUGCCCCAUGCUUUCGGGGCUUGUGGAGCUUGAGGCUGCAGCUUGCUUGUGUACAACUCUUAAAAUUAAAGCUCUUAAUCUGAAUAUCUAUGUCCCUCUCGCUCUCCAGCUGCUUGUCACAUGUGGGAAGACACCUCCUCCUGGCUACACUUGCUCUCUCUAGAUUCAAGUUUGUAGGUAGAUCGAUGGAUCCAAAUCGACAUGAGAGGAUGUCGUACGUCGUCGAGCUUUGAGUCUCAUCUCUCCCAUCUAUCUUUGAUUACUGGACCAAUUUGACUUGUGCGAUUGUUCGAUACCAUUUGAUUGUGUGUGAAAUUGUUUCAUAUAUUAAUGUACCAUUUGUGGUAGACAAGAACUCAAGCAAUAUAUAUCCCAAGAUUGUUGCUUUAAUUAUUAUUAUUAUUUUGCUCUA